GGGAAGGGCACGCCGGCUGCCAGGGCGCGCACGCUGGGAGCCCGGGGAAGGGCACGCCGGCUGCUAGAGCGCGCACGCUGGGAGCCCGGGGAAGGGCACGCCGGCUGCCAGAGCGCGCGCGCGGGGAGCCAGGGGGCGCGCACGCUGGGAGCCCGGGCCUCCCUGACGGACGGACGGAGCCGCCACUUUCAGCAGCAGCGGAUCCCCAGCCUGCUUUGGAGCUGAAUGGAGUGGGCUUUGAAGAGAAAUGACUGACCAAGAGAACAACAAUAACAUAUCUAGCAACCCCUUUGCAGCUCUCUUCAGUUCUGUGGCUGAUGCCAAGCAGUUUGCCUCUGUCCAGAAACAGCAGCUUCCUACAGGGCCACCAGAAUGUCCAUUAUCUACAGAAGAUGUUUACGACAGUGAAGAUUCGGAUGUCAGUAGUUUGGAGAGCGUUGACAAUGAUUCGAUUACAGACCUCAGCCGUGCAUUUCGCUCUCAAAAGGAAAUAUGUGAACAACUCAAUAUCAAUCACAUGCUUCAGCGCAUCUUUCUUAUUACACUUGACAACAGUGAUCCCAGUCUGAAGGGAGGGAAUGGGAUCCCACCACGCUGUGUCUAUUUGGAGGAUAUGGCCACUGACCUGGAUGGGCAAGAUUGGCUUGACAUGAACAAUGUUGAACAGGCUUUGUUCACUCGGAUGCUGCUUCCAGAACCAGGGACUCGCUUGAUCUGUAUGACAUCAGGGAAUGUUAUUAAUAUGUCAGCUGAUCGAGAUGCUGGAGAGAAGGAAGUUAUUAAGUACCUGUUUGCUUGUUUUCAAAGAGCGAAAGGAGAGAUUACAAAGGUCCCAGAAAACCUGUUGACUUAUGCUCUUCGUUGUAAGGCUCUGACUGUGUCCAACACCCGCACAGUCCUUCUCACACCUGAGAUCUACAUCAAUCAGAAUGUUUAUGAACAAGUCGUUGACUUGCUUCUUGAAGGAGUAAGUGGACCACACUUUGAAGAUGUUACAGAAUUUAUGGAUGAUGUGAUAGCUACCUUAAAGUCAGAUGAAGAGGUCCGGACAUUCAAUGAAGUCAUGUUUCCGGUGUUGGACAUCUUAUUGCGGCGCAUCAAGGAGUUGGACCUUUGCCACAUAAUGCUGUAUGGUUACCUGGACAUCCUUCUUUAUGUUACGCGACAGCCUGAACUGGCACAAGUUUUCUUGAAGCAUAUUGAGCCAAAGGAUCCAAAGAACGGUAACCUAUAUCAGCAGACCCUGCUGGGGACUGUCUUAAACAUAUCUUGUUUGCUGAAAACUCCAGGACUGGUGGAGAAUCACUUGUACUUUUUGAAUCCUUCGAGAUCUAGUCCUCAGGAGAUCAAAGUUCAAGAAUCAAACAUUCACCAGUUCAUGGCGCAAUUGCAUGACAAAAUUCAUCAGAUUCUACGGAACCUCAUCCAGCUUUCCUCGGAUACUAAGCAUUGUAUCCUUUCCUGGCUCGGAAACUGCCUCCAUGCCAACUCAGGACGGACAAAAAUCUGGGCCAAUCAGAUGCCUGAGCUCUUCUUCCAAAUGUAUGCAUCAGAUGCCUUCUUCCUGAACCUUGCUGCUGCUUUGCUAAAACUCUGUCAACCCUUCUGCAAACCAAAGUCUCCUAAACUGCUGACCUUCAACCCUACUUAUUGUAGCUUGAAAGACUUGAAUGAAGAGGAACGGAAAAGCAGAAAUGUACAUAUCAAAGGUUUGGACAAGGAGACCUGUUUGAUCCCAAUACCUCAGGGACUGGAACCAUCUUUUGCUCAAACAUACAACCUGGUCACAGAGAAUUUAAUCCUGACUCAGUUUGCCUUACACCUAGGUUUUCACAGGUUACACGAUCAAAUGAUAAAGAUGAACCAAAGCCUACACCGACUGCAAGUUGCCUGGAGAGAGGCACAGCAGUCUUCCAGUCCAGCUGCAGAAAACCUACGUGAGCAAUUUGAACGGCUGAUGACGGUUUAUUUAUCGACCAAAGCAGCUGCCACAGAGCCGCAGAUGCUCCAGAACUGUAUGAAUUUGCAGAUUUCCACCACAACAAUACUGGUGCAAUUCUCUCUGGGCAAUCGAGGAACAGAAUACAUGGAGGUGACCUUCCCACUUCUGGACUUGGAAUACUGCAUGCUUUCUCAUGUUCCAGAGUUCUUUGCCGACAAUCUUGGAGAUUUUUUCAUCUUUCUACGAAGAUUUGCAGAUGACAUUCUGGAAACUGCAGGCGAUUCCCUAGAGCAACCUCUACACUUUGUCACUGUGUUCAUGGGUAACGUAGAGAGGAUGAAGAAUCCUCAUUUGCGAGCGAAGCUGGCUGAGGUUCUUGAGGCUGUGAUGCCUCACAUGGAGCAAGUGCAGAACCCAAUGAUCAGCAUGUUCCAUCGGCAGCGAGUCUUCAGCUCAUACCAGCAUGCACACUAUCUUGCUGAAGCACUUAUCAAAGUUUUUGUGGACAUUGAAUUUACUGGUAGAUUUGAAAGCGAGCAGAGUGACCCACAUCAGUUUGAACAGAAGUUUAACUACAGGCGGCCCAUGUAUCCUAUCCUGAAAUAUAUGUGGGGAUAUGAUCACUACAGGCAAAGCAUCAAGACUUUAGCUGACUAUGCAUUUGACAAUUUGGAAGCAAUGAACCCUCCUCUUUUUCUCCGAUUUCUCAAUUUGCUCAUCAAUGAUGCCAUCUUUCUGUUGGAUGAAGCUAUCCAGUAUUUAAGCAAGAUUAAAAUCCAACAGAUUGAGAAGGACAGAGGUGACUGGGAUAACUUGCCCCCCGAAGCUCGGAGGGAAAAGGAGGGCAACCUUCAGAUGUUUGGACAGCUGGCUCGUUUUCAUAACAUUAUGUCUAAUGAAACGAUCGGUACUUUGGCAUUCCUUACUUCAGAAAUCAAGGCAUUGUGUGUGCACCCCAUCCUUGCUGAGCGGAUCAUCUCAAUGCUGAACUACUUUCUCCAGCACUUAGUUGGACCUAAAAUGGGUGCCCUCAAGGUGAAGGAUUUCAGUGAGUUUGACUUUAAGCCACAACAGUUGGUGUCUGACAUUUGCACCAUCUAUUUGAACCUGGGAGUGAAAGAGAGUUUCUGUGCCACUGUGCCAAAGGAUGGACGCUCCUAUUCCCCAAUGUUGUUUGCACAGACUGUGAGGGUGCUGAAGAAGAUCAACAAGCCAGGCGACAUGAUCAUGGCAUUCAGUGACCUGGCUGAUAAAGUAAAGUCUUUUGCAGACCUGCAACAGCAGGAAGAGGAAACAUUUGUCGAUGCACCAGAUGAAUUCCUUGAUCCAAUAAUGAGCACAGUGAUGACUGAUCCAGUUAUACUGCCCUCUUCCCGGGUGACAGUUGACAGGUCAACCAUUGCUAGGCAUCUCCUCAGUGAUCAGACUGACCCAUUCAAUCGUAGUCCACUCACGAUGGAUCAGAUCAAAGCAAACUCAGAAAUGCGAGAGAAAAUUCAGCAGUGGUUGGCAGAAAGGAAACGACAGAAGGAUCAAAAUGGGCAGACCUUCGAGUGAAAAACAGCAACGGCAAACAGAGAAUAUAUGGGACAUUCACUGCUGUCUCUAUGUACCUACUGUAGCAGACUAUCCAGGGACUGUACCUUGAUGGCAUAUCUUAAUUCAUCACUGCAACCCUUGUUCAUUACCGAACAAAGUAAUAGAAUGCUAUUGUCGUAACUGUGCGGGAGGUUGGUCCAGCACAGUCCCAUUUUUGCUCUUAAGAAGCCAGCUGCCAACUUUAGCACCUUUAAUUCAGUACAUUCUUAUUAAUGUAGCUGAUUGACAGUCUGAAAUGAGAAGACCUGUUAAAAUAAGUCUACUGAGUGAGGGAUUCACAACCAACUACAUGCUUAUUUUAAGGAUGGUAAAUAUUUAGUGGUUUUGAAAUUGUGUUGUGCGGUAUAAAACGCAAGCACUUCAUGUGUUUGGGCAAAAUUCCGUUUUGCUGCUGUUCUAGCGGACGCCUUAAUGUGCUUAAUUUAAAUGGCUUAAAAACUCCACUUAAAUGGCGGAUAAAAAAAAUUGGUACGCUACUAUAGCACAGCAUAAUUCCCCAAGCCUGGGGUUUUUGUUCUAAAACUCAUCAGAACCACCUUUUUGGAGGUACUGACUGGACAGUAUUGCUGAUUUAGCUAUCUGGCUAGAAUGACUUUAAAGAAUCUGUGUAAAAUCAGAAACAGCUAAUGGUAAUGCAGAUGUGUUGGUGCGCAGAGUCUCUGUAAUUAUUAUGCAUGCACCAAGACCAGUACCUUUAUGUUAUUGCAGUGACAUUACUCUGCGAAGAGCACUAAACAGAAGAAGGGUAACUUUUGUUGUACCUCUAAUUCUGUAUUGAAUCUUGCAUGCCAGAAGCUUGCAUUAUGAAGCAAUGUCUGGUCCAUUAAGAUUUCCGUAGGUGCUAUUCAUGACGCCAGUUGUGUGAGGGAGCCCUGCAAAUGCUAAUGUGUUCCAAGACAUCUGCAAGUAUUGCCACACCCUUAGGAACCAAGAUCCCUUCUCUCAUGUCUGUUAGUCUCAUAAAGGAAAUUAGAAUAUUAGAGAAGAGUCUUUAUUUUAGUUUUACUUAAUAACAAUUGAACUGAUGUACAAGUCAGUCCAAAAACAGGUGUAUAGAAUACAGAAUAGCAUUCUUAGCAACAGCAACAAAAGCUGUUCUCCCAACCUCUCACAACUCAGUGAUUUUUACAGAGCCCCUAGAAUCUUGGAUAUCUAAUGUGCUGAAACAGAAAACCUUAAACAAUUUGUGUUGGCUGUAGUUGCCUUACAAAAUGUGUUAUAAUUUUUUUUCUUGAAUUCCCAAAGACUGCACUACAAAGGAAAAAGGCUUACAGAACUUCAACCCAGUCUUAUAGAAAGCACAGUCCAUGUGCAGCAGUGUGAUAUUGAAGAUCUUUCCUUUUUCUCUAUCUUUCUCCUCCAACAUAGUAUAAUCUGUUAGGUCAGUAUCAGUCAGUACCUAUCUGUAUUUCUGAACCUUAGGUUCACUGGCAGCCUGCCUUUCCUGAUGCAGAUAUUAGAUGAGCAUUGUGUAAGUUUGAACUGGGUGAUCAAACAGUACCUAAGUUGUACAGGCUUGAUGCAAAGUAUGAUGGCAGGGAUAUGGACACCCAGGUUUAUGGAAAUUAGUAGCCAUUUGAUAAUACAAAACUUGCUUAAAAAGGACACAUUUGUCAAAGUUUUUCUCUUGUACUCAUUAGGACAAUUUGCAAGAUAUUCCGAAGUAAAGGGAAAACAACAAUUAUACUGUAUAAUCAGAGAAUGUUGAUUGGUUGGAAAGUGAAUUCUGAUUUGUUGGGGUGUUGCUAUGAAGAAUACAGCUGUUAAUGAUUGACAUUUAAUUGCUGUGCUUUGUUUAAGUUUUAUACAAGGCAGUUUAAUUCUGAUUGACUCAAGAAAUGAACCAGAGAAUGACUGUCACAUAUUUUAUUGUAUUGAAACAGGUGCAGUGUAUGUUUGUGCACCUUCUUUCAGUCUAAAAGAAUUGGCUUCUCUGAAUUACCAAUUGCAGGUUUUGGAAUAUGAAACUAGCCAUACUGUGAGCCCAAAUAGCCCAGUUCUUUACAGGUGAAAAGAACAUCUACCCACACUGCUUCUGUUUCAAAGCAACAAAGUAUGCGACUGCCAUUCUUUGGUUCAUUUCUCAAGGCAAUGCCUUACCAAUCAGAGUCAACAUGCCUUGUUUAAAAUUUAAAUAAAACUUAGUUGGUAAAGAAGUGUCAGUCAUCGUUAUCUAGUACAUUCUCCAUGGUAAUGCCUCAACCAGAGUCUACUCGCCAACCAAUCAGCACUUUUCUCCCAUACAGUAUAGAUGUUUCCUGUUUCCUUUGGUAUUUCUUGCCAAUUGUCUUGAUGAGUGCAAGAUGAAAAGCUUUAACAAAAUAUCUUUCUUUUCAGCAGUACUCAAGUUUAUGGAAACUAGUAAAUGGUAGCAGUUAGAAAGUAUUUUAAAGCUGUGAGGAUGCGCUGUUGCAUUUAUUUUUUCAAGUGGCAGCAACUCAGUGAAUACUCCAUGAGCAGUGAAUCUAAAGGAGUGGUGAUGGUCGUUUCAUGUAUUCAGUGUUCUUCUGUCUUCCAAGAUGUGCUGUAGUUUUAUAACUUGGUGAGAGUGCCACCAAAUAGUAGCACUUGCAACGAAACGUUUCUUCUAAUAAAAUAAGUUUUUGAAUAAACUGGUACUUGACUGGUGUCUAGUACAGUUUGAGGCAGAGUAACAUUUCCGAUUUUUGGCAGGUUUCAAUAACCUUUGGCCUGUCUUGCUCAUUGAGCUUUCAAGUGAGACCAUUUGUAUUAAGUUUAAGUUUGAUUCCUUUGGAAACUGCCCAUUUCUUGAACAAUCUUGUGUUGGCACGUUUAAAUCCAGUGCCUUGGUAAUCGACCUCCGGUCCCAUUUAGUUGGAACACACCACUCUCCAAAUCUCAGGACCAUUUAAGGAAAGUUAUUGGGGAUUUUCUUUCAGCUCUUUCUUUUUGUCUAUCAAAAGGUUUAUGGGUUUUGACUCUUGAUUUUUCUACAGGUAUUUUACAGGAGAGAUGCUAAUUGUUAGAAAUGGAAGAGGAAUAGAAAUUAAUUGUUUAAUUUAUUGCUAUUUUCAGCUGCAGAGGAACUUAAUGGUGGAUUAAGAGAUGACCUUUACUAUUUCGUCAAAGUGAACAGUCACAUUUCACUCUUUCCUAACUGGAACAGCACUGCUGUAAUAUUGAAGCAAUGUAGUUCAAAUUAGCACUGACAACUUAAUCAAAAAGCUAACUAGAAAUGAAACCCUUUUUUUCCAUCUGCUGUUUAAACCUUUGUGCUGUGUACUUCCAUGGUAUCACACUGUGACAGUGGAUGUUAAGCAUUUUUUUUAAAUGAUCCAUGAACAUUGUAUUGACUUCUUUGAUUUGUACUGAAAUGUUUGUGAUUUCUCCUUGUUUGGAGCUGCAAGGCUUGAACAAUUGUAAAGAAGUUUUAGAGGAAGUUUAUUCACAAAUUAUAAUAAGUUACUUGUUUUGAAGAUCUGAAAUACAUGGAGUUUGAGCUAAACACUUUCAGCUCUUCCCUUUGUUAGCCAUCCCGGCUGUCCUAGGGAGUGUGGCACCCCUAUAGCCUUGACAUUGUGCUGAGUGGCAUGCAUUUGAGAGGAUUAAAACACCAAAGUGUGACUUCAAUUUACUUGGCUACAUUGGUGUCAAAGUUUUGCUAUCAUAUCUCUCCCAUAAAGGCUGACAGAACAGGUUGUGUACAGGGGGCUAGUAGGUGCCACCUUUUAUUAUUCACAAGAGAAAGAGCUAUUGAUUCAGCACCUCAGUAAAUCUUAACAGUCUUGGUUCCUUUGCGAAUGUUGGGACGCAUGCAAGAUGAUGUUUAUAUUUUGCUUCUGUACUUAGAAAUAAUCCAUAAAUUGAAGCCAGUGUACAUUUAAAAAAAAAAAAAAUUCAAGAUUAAAAAUAUGGAGGAGAUCAA